GGAGCCUCUUCUAAGUGACAGAAGCAGGGGCGAGGCCUCCCCAGGGCCGUCUCCUGGGACCGCCUGGGACCACAGCAGAGACGCAGGGUGGCUAGAGGCAAGAGAGGUGAACGCGGCGUGGGCCCGCCUGGGUGAAAGACCCUUGCCACUCACGCCCUGGGAACACUGGCGGCCAUGGCCGUGGCCCAGCAGCUGCGGGCUGAGAGCGACUUUGAACAGCUUCCCGAUGACGUAGCCGUCUCGGCCAACAUCGCCGACAUCGAGGAGAAGAGGGGCUUCACCAGCUACUUUGUUUUUGUCAUCGAGGUGAAGACUAAAGGAGGAUCCAAGUAUCUCAUCUACCGCCGUUACCGCCAGUUCUACGCCUUGCAGAGCAAGCUGGAGGAGCGCUUUGGGCCCGAGAACAAGACCAGCCCGUUCACCUGCAGCCUGCCCACACUUCCGGCCAAAGUGUACGUGGGUGUGAAACAGGAGAUCGCUGAGAUGCGGAUUCCUGCCCUCAACGCCUACAUGAAGAGCCUCCUCAGCCUUCCCAUCUGGGUGCUGAUGGACGAGGACGUCCGGAUCUUCUUCUACCAGUCAUCCUAUGACGCGGAGCAGGUACCCCAGGCGCUGCGCCGGCUCCGGCCACGCACCCGGAAAGUCAAGAGUGAAUCCCCACCAGGCGCCCUCUUUGACCGCAUGGCCGCUCCGAGAGCAGAGGCCCUGUUUGACUUCACUGGGAACAGCAAACUGGAGCUGAAUUUCAAAGCUGGAGAUGUGAUCAUCCUUCUCAGUCGGAUCAAUAAAGACUGGCUGGAGGGCACCGUCCGGGGAGCCACGGGCAUCUUCCCACAGUCGUUCGUGAAGAUCCUCAAGGACUUCCCGGAGGAAGACGACCCCACCAACUGGCUCCGCUGUUACUACUAUGAGGACACCAUCAGCACCACCAAGGACAUCGCGGUGGAGGAAGACCUCAGCAGCACUCCGCUAUUCAAGGACUUGCUGCGGCUCAUGAGGCAGGAGUUCCAGAGGGAGGACAUCGCCCUCAAUUACCGGGAUGCCGAGGGGGACCUCGUUCGGCUGCUUUCAGAUGAGGAUGUGGCGCUCAUGGUGCGACAGGCCCAAGGUCUCCCCUCCCAGAAGCGCCUCUUCUCCUGGAAGCUACAUGUCACCCAGAAGGAUGACUACAAAGUCUACAACACUGUCCCCUGAGCUGAUGGGGACUAAACAAAUAAUAAAUAAAUA